UUAUAGAACCUCCGACACCAACGAAGAAAACACAAGUGCGUUUGUGGAGCAGAAUCAGGAAAAGUAAACAGUCUGUCACUCGCAACAUCCUUCAUUUAGAAAGUUCCAGAAUAAAUAAACACCGAGAAGAGCUCAGCGGCAGCGGUUGGGGAACACGGUUUACUGCGGGAUCACUAUCAUCGAACCAGACGACAACCAUGUCUAUCAUUCACGAGGAGAGCGUGCGGGGCGGCAGCAUGUUCCGGGACAUCAACGCCGACGACGAGGACUCACAACCCACCGAGAUCGAGAGCAUGUGUAUGAACUGUCACGAAGACGGUAUGACCCGUCUGCUGCUCUCCAAGAUCCCCUUCUUCAAGGAGGUCAUCGUCAGCUCCUUCCGCUGCGACCACUGCCACUGGUCCAACACGGAGAUCCAGUCCGCGGGCCGGAUCCAGGACCAAGGCAUCCGCUACACGGUGAAGAUCAGGUCCAAGCCGGACUUGGACCGGGAGGUUGUGAGGUCUGACAGCGCCAUCACCAAAAUCCCUGAGCUUGAUUUCGAGGUGCCCGCGUACACGCAGAAAGGCUCUCUGUCCACCAUCGAGGGGCUACUGGACCGGGCCGUGGUCGCCCUGCAGCAGGACCAGGAUGUUAGGAGGGCGGAAUUCCCCGACCUGGCCCUCCAGAUAGACGAGUUCGUCAACAAGUUGCAGAAGUUGAAGCAUGUGGAGGAGGAGUUCACGCUGAUCAUCGAGGACCCCUCUGGGAACAGCUUCGUGGAGAACCCCGUCGCCCCCCAGAAGGACGAGGCGAUGACCGUGACCCACUUCACCCGGACGGUCGAUCAGGACGCCCAGCUGGGCCUGUAUCCGGAGAACCAGCUGGAGGAGGAGAAGACUGAGAACAACCUGGAGGCCAUGCGGGGCGAGGUGCUAAAGUUCAAGACUAACUGCCCCGAGUGCAACGUGCCCGCCUCCACCAACAUGAAGCUGGUGCAGAUCCCCCACUUCAAGGAGGUCAUCAUCAUGGCGACCAACUGUGACGACUGCGGCCACCGGACCAACGAGGUGAAGUCCGGCGGGGCAACCGAGGCGCUGGGCACCAAGAUCACCCUCCACGUCACGGACGCCUCAGACAUGAGCCGAGACCUGCUCAAGUCCGAGACCUGUGGCAUCCUCAUCCCGGAGUUGGAGUUUGAGCUGGGCAUGGCGGCGGUGGGCGGGAAGUUCACCACCCUGGAGGGUCUUCUGACCAACAUCAAGGACCUGAUCGUCUCCAAGAACCCCUUCCUGUGCGGGGACAGCAGCACCAGCGACCGCAGCGAGAAGCUGCAGCAGUUCGGAGCGAAGAUCGACCGGAUCAUGGCGGGGGAGAUGGACGUGCACAUCAUCUUGGACGACCCGGCGGGCAACAGCUACAUCCAGAACGUGUACGCACCGGACCCAGACCCCGAGCUGACCAUCGAGAAAUACACGCGCACGUACGAGCAGAACGAAGACCUCGGGUUGAACGACAUGAAGACGGAGGGAUACGCUGAGUGAACGGGCCCAAUUGAACUUGGAUUCAGCACAAAAACGUUUGCCGUUUUACUUUUGAUGGGAUGGGAUGGUGAGGGAACCUUGCCACAUUUUUUUUUAUUUGUGAGCAUUUAUGGUUAUUGCUUGUUCAAAUCAAAAAACUGAAUUCCCGUCGUCUAUUUCCAUGUGUAGUCCCAUCAAUUUAAGAAUAUGCGUUAUGAGUUUUCAAAUUAAAUAAACACGUUUAAGAAAUAUGACAGUGGAGGGUGGUGAUUUCCCUCCACUGGAGGGAACAAGAAUUCCAUCGCAUUCAUCCACUCUAGGCUUGUACCCAUGAUGGGUUAUUGCAUUAUUAGGACUUUCCAGAAGAUGUCGCUAGAUAAUUUGGCAUCGUCAGAGUUUUGUUUGAAUGUCAUUAUUUUACGCUAGUCUACAUUAAAGAAAAUUUGAAGUUGUCCCCGAAAUCAAGAGUGAUUUAUUUAAAUAUUAUAUAUUUCACUUGUCCAAGUUCCAAAAAGAUUGAACAUGAAUGUAAACACACAUUUUUUAGGAAAAAAAAAAGUUAUGGGAAACGGAUUUCCCUUUACUCAUUUAGCAGACACAUUUCUCCAGAUGAAAUCAUGUUUGAUUUCAUGGAUGUCAGUUUUGUUCCUGCAGGAUUUGGUUUCUGGAUGGUCUCUGAUUCCUAGCGAUGGGUUUUUAUUAUCUCCUCUCAGAGUGGUAGUAGAUUAGACGGCUCUUGGGCGAGCUGGGGCUUCAGCGGGAUGUAAAUAGUAUCUUGUAGUAGGUCCCAAUACAGCAGUGAUAUAGGACCACCCUCUGAGUCUCCAGGGAGAUUCACACUGCAGUGAGCAUUCCUAAAUAGAUUUAUGUUAACUGAACUGCUGCCCAAACCAUCAACAACAUGGUAAAAUAUUCCAAACAAAUAUAUAAUAAUCCUUGAGUUGGUGGGUGUGUCUUGUAGUUCUUAAGGGUUGA